AUGGCGCGAGCAUGUAGUGGCGUGCUCGAGCUUCUAUAUAUCGACCUUCGCGUCCAUUGCGUCCUGUCCAUACCACCGAGCAACAUGGCGUCGAAGACAGCGGCUGAGGCUCCUAGAACUGCCGGAUACGUGGCACCGAGUGCUGGCAUCUUUCGUGUGACUCCUGCGGCAUGGAUCCCGUAUGCAGAGCUCAUGCGCCUCGACCGAGCUGCCGGAUACUAUGCCUUCUACUGGCACUACGCCAUCGGAAUAGCCUUCACUUCCUGCAUCGCUGAUGUUCCACCUCAACCUGUUGAAGUCGCGAAGCUUGCUGGCUAUCUGGCGCUGUGGGUUGUGUUUUAUAGAGGUGCCGUUUGCGCCUGGAACGACAACAUCGACCAAGAGUUCGAUCGGCAGGUAGCACGUUGUCGCAACCGGCCGAUAGCUCGUGACGCAGUUAGCACUACCCAAGGUCAUGUCUUCACCGUAGCGCUCGCCAUCAUCUGCGCGGCAAUGUUGGCACCCUUCCCUAUGGCGGUGUGGCUGUACGUGGGAGUUAUGACCCUCAUGUUGGCCGUCUAUCCUUUCGGCAAGCGAGUCACAGACUUCCCACAAGUGAUAUUGGGGUUCGCAUUCGCUAUACCUAUCUUCAUGUGCUCGACAGCGUUUGGCACGGAGCCCCUUCCUCAGGAUUUCUGGACCGGCCAGACCUUGUUUACACCCAAGGCAUAUAGUGCAAUGUGUCUCUAUGGAGCAAACACGUUGUGGACCAUUGUCUUCGAUACCGUGUAUGCUCAUCAGGACAUCAAGGACGACAUCAAGGCUGGAGUCAAGUCGUUGGCUGUACGGCUUGGCAGUCAUACCAAGCUGGGCUUGGGGAUCUUAGCGAGCGUACAGACUGUCCUUCUCGCAGCCACAGGACUACUUGCCGACCUGGGUUGGGCAUUUUUCAUGCUCGGGUGCGGCGGUGCCGGUAUAUCGCUGUUUGCGAUGCUGGCUUUGGUAGAUCUGGAGAAGCCAGCAAGCUGUGCUUGGUGGUUUGGUCCGGGGUCAAGAAUUGUUGGAGCCAGUGUUGUCUCCGGCUUGCUGGGCACUUACUUGCUCCGUUGGUGCUGA